AUGCCAAGAGCGGCAGUGAGAGUGCAGGGAGCCCGAAACCAUACCCACUGGUUCCUGCGAGGAGACGGAAACACACAGGACAGAAGCAGCGGCGCCAGCAGCACUCACUCCUCCGAGUCCGUGUCGGCGUACACCUCCCGCGCCAAUUCCGAGGAGAAGGUCGUCGGCAGCAUGCAGGCUCGCGAGCAUCCUUACUUCGACCAGCACGACUCUCCCGGACGGCCACAGUACGAGAGCUACGAUGGGAGCGGGUAUCCCUCUCUUGACAUCGCUAGCAGCCGCGCCAGCUCCGCGCGAUACAGCAAUGACGUUCUGGCACAAUUCAGCAAACCGCCUCCGAACAAUCAAGUCAACGGACAUUACAGCGAUUACGACUUCGGUCCGCCCCUAGAUCAGCAACAACGAGCACCGAGCGCUCAUCCGAUCGUGACCGGACAAUUGAACGACUUCAAAUUUGACCCCUCGGACGAGUCUCCGAUCGCUAGUCAUCAUAUCAGCCUGAACACGAAAGUGCAUGAACGGAAUCAAGACGCUGUAGGCCAACAUUUGCUGUACGAGACUGCUCUUCUGGACACCCAAUCUUACAAGAUCCUCGAUAUUGAUGAGGUGGAUUCGCUGAAGAAAGAGCGUGCACGCUUGGAUCAAAGGAUAGAGGCGACUGAGAGAAAGCUUGCUUUGGAGCGGAAGGUGAAAGAUGCCGCGCAGAAUCUUCAGAGAUUGUAUACGGCGGGCAAGAAAGAUCCACGGCCAGACACACCACAAAGCUCCGAGAGUCCUCUGAAAGGUAGAAACAGUACUCUGAGUAGUAAGAGACCGGGAAGCAGCGGCAGUGAGGGUUCAAAAUUGCUACAUCAGACUCAGGAUGAGCUUGCUCAGAGCGUCAAGAAGGUCGAAGAGUUGAACGAGCAAAUCAAAGACCUCCUCAACAGGCGAGAGGUAGUGGAGUCAAGACUUCUCAGGCAUACAGCUGCUGUUCUGGCUGCGCAAGCGAGUCAACCGCCAGACAAUCGAACUGAUGCUUUGGUUAAUGGUCAUCGAUCCGCCGACAAUGACGAAUUGGAACUUCCCGAUCCUGACGAAUUUGAUGGAAUCCGAGACAUUCUACGGGGCAAGUCCGCGCCUCCCAGCAAGCAGAAACUCGAAGAAUUGAAGGGCGAGCACGAACAGCAGCUUCUCAGCGUGCAGGAGAGACUGGAACAUUUGAAUUCACAACUUCGCAGUGUAAUCACUGAAGCAAGCCGAACACGUGGGAUUGAUCCUCUGCCCGAGCCGCAAGUCAGGAGAAACUCGAAUGGAACAAUAGAGCGCCUCGAUCACACCUUCUCAAUUGUUGAGACGAACGUGAAGGCUCUCGAGCAGGAACGCGAGGAGAACAAAGCGCAUUAUGCUCAAAUGCAGGAUACCGCGAUCUUGACGCGGAAUACUGUUGAAGAGCAGCUGGAGGUGCUUAAUUCGAAAUUCUACGAGAACCUGAAGUCUUCAUCGUCCUCGGAGCUCGUACAAAAUCUUGAAGCUCCGCCCCAGGCAGCAGGACAUGGCUAUCAGCACCAAUUGCAAUAUCUCGAGGAAUCGCUGCUCAACAUGGAGAGGCUUUUGCAAUCGAACAACGAGGUGCAAGCGAAAGCGGUAGAGCAUGCGCAAAAGGCAAGCGAAUACGAAACAACGCUUAGCGGUCUUUGGGCGAUUAUGGUCACUGAUACGCCAAGCGGCCUUACUCCCCAGGGUAGCAUGGACGACAGCAGCCGCUUGAGCUUCUCUCGCGGUGAUGGUUCCCCUACGUCCUGUCUGAAGGAAGAUUUCUCCCUACCUGCUUUCAGCUCCCGCGUGCAACAUCUGUUCAACAUCGCCUCUGGGGCAAGAGAGCAGCAGGAUAUCCUGCGGCGCCAGAUUCAGCAACAGCGUGACCUCAAUGGCAAGUCGGAUAUGGAAAAUCAGGCUCAAGUGGAAGAGAUGCAGGCACGGUAUGAUCAACUCGCCAGCUCUCACAAUACCAUGCAAGAAGAUCUUGCCCGGGCCAUGACGAAUCAUCAGCAAGCUGAGCACGAAGCGAAUGAAAGCCGCGGCGAGCUCAUGAACGUCAUGAACGAGCUCGACCAGCUCCGCAAGAGGGUCGAAGAAUCUCAGACACGUCAGAAAGAGGUUGAUGAGCGCCACGCCCAAAUAUCUGCGGAGCGUGAGGAGGCGGUGGGGCGUCACAACGAGAUACAGCAAGAAAUGCAGGACCUCGAAUCAGAAGUCGUGCGGCUUACAACCGAGCUCACCAUCGCCAAGGCUGAUCUCGAAGGCGCCUACGGCACGCGCAAGCAGCGGCAGAAGGAAGCAGGUGUGGCAGCCGAGGAGAUGGAGGCAUUGCAGAAGCUCAAAGACCAAGAGAUUGCCGAUCUCAAGAAGUCUCACGAACAACAAAUCGAGACGUUACGUCGCGAGCAAGCAGACCGGUCCAAGCUGCUCGAGAUGGAGCUGCAAGACAUGACGAAUGAGUUCCAAGAGAUGACCCGCGAGAGCCUGGAAUUGGAGAAGGAGCGAGGGCAGCUGGAAGGACUGAUUGAUGGGUUGAGGGAGAGAUGCGAUUUGCUUGAACACCAGCUCCUGGACGAACGAGUGAAGUGGAUGGGACUCAGGAGUCCAGGUGGUAAUGAUCCUAGUGGACCAAGAGAAGCGACGAGUGUGAUGGUCCUGCGGCAGGAGUUCAAGAAGAUGAUGAGAGAGGCAAGAGUCGAGGGCGUGAGAUUGAUUCGGGUGAGUAUUUACAUGCCGUGCCCGCAGACGCUCCAUUCUAAGCCAUUUUCCAGACCGAACAAGAAGAGAGGCGCAAGCUAGAAGCGGAAAUCCGCAAGAUACGCCAGCUGCACACGCCCAUGUCUCGAUAUGGACCGGGCCUGCGCUCCAGCAGCAUCGCGACGCCCAUCCACAGCCGUCUCGGCUCAACGAUAAAUGGUGUGCCCGGAACACCUCCGACGCUGGCAUUAUCGCCUUCGUCGUCGGCGCGAGAGACGGCAGCAGGUUGA